AUGGAGGGCGGCGGCGGCGGCGCGUACGGGGCGGCCAAGGCCGGCGGCACCUUCGACCUGGGCCGCUUCGUGCAGCAGCCGCAGGUCCUGGCGCGGAUCGCCAGCGCGGUCUUCGCCCUGAUCGUCUUCGCCUGCCUGGUCGGGGAGGGCUACACCAACCUGCCCAGCUCCUCCGAGCUCUUCUGCAUCUUCAACCACAACGAGGACGCCUGCCGCUAUGGCAUCGGCAUCGGCGUCCUCGCCUUCCUCGCCUGCAUCUUCUUCUUCAUGGUGGACAUCUACUUCCCCCAGAUCAGCAACACCACCGACCGCAAGUACCUGGUCUUGGCGGACCUCGGCUUCUCAGGUCUCUGGACGUUCCUGUGGUUCAUUGGCUUUUGUUUCUUGACCAACCAGUGGGCCUGGACACGGGCCGAGGACGUGCAUGUCGGGGCUGACUCGGCCCGUGCCGCCAUCACCUUCAGCUUCUUCUCCAUCUUCUCCUGGGGCCUCCUGAUCGCCUUCGCUUACAGGAGGUACAAGAUGGGGGUGGAGGACUUUGCUCACAACUACGUUGACCCCACCCCGGAGGUUCCGACUCCCUACUCCAGCUACCCCAACAUCAGCCACGACAGCUACCAGCAGCCGCCCUUCACCCACACGGCAGAAGCCCCGGAGGGCUACCAGCCCCCGCCGGUGUACUGAGCCCCUGCCCGGUGGCCCGGCAGGGACGGCUGUACCAGUGCAAUUCUCUUCUGAGGGGUGG